AUGCUAGAUACCGUCUCAUUAUUUGCUAGCGCACUGAACGUCAGUUUGGUCGACCCUCUGACCGACUUGACUUUGAUCGCACAAGACUCGUGCCACACGACUGCUACUUACAGGGGUCGUCUUGGACAUAUACCCGUGCUUGUCAAAGCCGCGUCUCAGGAUGGGCCAAGAGGCGUAGAAGCGGUCGCUCAAUUGCGCCACGAGUACAAUAUCAUCAAACAUUUGCUUGUCGAUCGAUCGGCCCAGAUGUUAUCGCCGCCAGCUACACGCAUCAGGCAAUCUCCGGCUGAUGGAUUCGGAGCUGCGGCCUCACUCACACCAGGGAUGUCGACGUCUUCGUCUUCCCUAUAUAAAAGUGCUCACGAAGGCAUGAUCGCCUUACCAGAUGCUAUCUUUCCACUGGAGUCGCCAGGCACUGCCUCGUCCGCUGAGGGCUACUUUGCAAUGCCACGGCAACGAAGUUCAAAUGGACUGGUCCCAAACGUGCAAACGGCUAUCAUCCCUCCUUUCCCUUUCUCGUCAUCAGCACAAGGGCUGUUGCUGCCCUUCCCCGAUUACUCGGAGUUCACCCUCCACGGCAUUUUGGAACGACGCGGAAAACCAUUUCCUGUGCUGGCUGCGCUGAAAUUGAUUCAGCAGAUCGGAAUGGCUCUCGUAUUCAUCCACGACGGCGGCAUUACCCACAAAAACCUCUCGUCUUCGUCCAUCGUUGCAGCACCGAAAGCACCGUCCGACCCGGAAUGCGAAGAUUUCGAUGUGCGCAUUGUAGAUUUUGGACACGCUUCGCGAUUAGAAACGGAAAAAUAUAGCGUGAACCUCAAUCCGGGGAUGUCACCUGUUGGACUGGAAGGCGACUUGGCGUAUAUGGCACCGGAGGCAACAGGGCGGACCAGUAGAUCGCUGGACUACCGCGCCGAUUUCUACUCCCUCGGAUGUGUCUUCUACGAACUCCUGACGAUGCAGACGCCAUUCAAAUCAUCGGAUUUGGGUCCUGCCGAAUUGGUAUUCGCUCAUCUUGCACGCUCUCCACCGCCAUUACCGGAUAGCAUUCAUCCGAAAUGCGCAGAAAUGGUCUUCAAAAUGCUUUCGAAGAACGCUGAGGACAGAUAUCAGCACGCGAUGGGUAUUUCUGCCGAUUGCAACCGACUCAGUACGCUGCUUCGUCGAACGCACCACCGGAAUGGCACGGUCGCACACAAUCAUCGAGGUCUCGCUCGCUUUACUCCCGGCAUAUACGAUGCUAGAUCGCGGCUGGUGUUCCCAAACAAAUUGUACGGGCGCGAGGAGGAGAUACAGAAGUUGCUGGAUUCGCUGGAAAUCACUCGUAAGGGACGUCCGGUUCUGUGUUCGGUGGGAGGAUAUUCCGGUGUGGGAAAAUCUGCUUUGAUUUCCGAAAUCCACACACCGGUCGUAACGGGCGGGUCGUGGUUUGCGGCGUCGAAAGUGGAUCAGUUCUCGGCGCGGCUACCUUUCCACAGCUUUAUUCAGGCGUUUCGGGAAUUGGUGGCAAACAUCUUGGCGUCGCCCGUCGAGCUGUUGGAUGCAUUUCGAGCGAAGUUCGAUGAGUUGAUUGGAGCGGAUGGGCUGGGGGGAAUCAUCGUCCAGAUCUGCCCGCAGCUGGAACAGGUGGUCGGUUUGCAGCCCGUUGCGGCCAAUCUGGAACAGGCGCAAAGAAAGCAGCGGUUCAUCACCGUCAUGCUGAAAUUCAUUCAGGUGUUCACGUCCCUUCCUUCGAACAUCGGCGAUGAUCGGCGAAUGUUGGUCCUAGUCUUGGAUGAUAUGCAGUGGGCGGAUACAGGGACUCUCAACAUGAUUAGCUCGAUCAUGUCGGAUCCGGAGAAGAGUCUUGGCGGCGUACUUCUCAUAUUAGCAUACCGGAACAACGAAGUCGACAAACUGCACCCACUGUCCGAAAUCCUUACCUCCUUACGCAAAGCCCCGGAUGUCCAACGGUACUUGAUUGAAAUCGAAUUAAAGCCGUUGGAUCCAACAGCAGUAGCUGAACUCAUAGCCGACACUCUCGGAUGGGAAAAGGCGAGGCGCGUCCCGUCGAUCACUCACAGCUCUUCAGCUUUGGCCCGGAGUGCGUCCGAGUCGAGCGACUCGGACACGUCGGAUCAUGAGACUUCCUCAGCCGCUGGGAGUAGCUACGGGAGUCUGCCAGGGACCCCGUCGGCGUCGGCGCAUGGCUCGUUCUCUUCGCUUCCAGGAAAGGAGGAGGCACCGCCUGCGAAAGCCAUGAGCUUGACGAAGCUAGUGCAUGCUCAGACGGCGGGGAAUCCGUUUUUUUUGUUGCAGCUGUUGAAAAGCUUCCAUCAGACUGACAGCCUGACCUUCAACUGGACGAAACGGAAAUGGAUCUGGGACCCGGCCUCAGUUUCGGAGGCAGGACUGGCGGAAAACGUGGUUGACUUCAUGGUCACGCAAAUGCGCAAGUUGACGCUUAAUGGACAACGCGUGCUCAGUCUCGCGGCCUGUAUAGGAGACACAUUCAACCUGUUUAUGAUCAGCAAGCUGCACGAGAAGCCGGUGGAUGCGACAGUGACGGAGCUGUGGGAAGGCGUUGAAGGGGGCUAUAUCGUUCCUCUGGAUCAAUCCUACAAAGUCCCGUUGGCAUUGUCCGGUUACGCUGGCUCUGAGCAUUUACAGGGUGGUACCGCCCACAUUCGCGUCAAUUACAAGUUUCAGCAUGAUCGUGUGCAGCAAGCGGCCAUGUUGCUUCUCAGUGAAGAAGAACGAGUGCAAACUCAUCUGAAGGUCGGCCAGCUCCUCAUCAUGUACACGCCACCAAACGAGGUGCAGGACCGCAUUUUUGAGAUCGUAAAUCAGCUCAACAAGGGGCAAUCCCUGAUCACGUCCGAGCGAGCCCGUGAGGAAUGCGCAAAGUAUAACUGCAUGGCCGGAACGAAAGCGAAAGACGCCGCGUUUGCAGAUACCGCUUCGGAGUACUUCAAGGUCGGGCUGGAGAUGUUGGGCGGCGAGGAAGCUAGCUGGGGGCGGAACUACGAUCUCGCUAAACAGCUGCACUUGGAUCUCAUUGAGGCGGAGUACAAUUGCUGCCGAUACACGAGGGCCAAAGAUCUCAUAGAUAACGCGAAACUGAACCUCCGCAACGUAACCGAGAAGGCUCAACUUGGGCUCAUCGAGGUGAAGUACUGGACAAGUCAAGGGUUGACGCAAGAAGCCAUCGCGACGGGCCUGGAUGUUCUGACUGUUUUGGGGUGCCCCAUCCCGCCAGCGGGUAGUCCGGAAGUGGAUGCACUCCGGGCGGGACUGGACCUGACCGAUGCGGAGAUUCAGCAUUUGGAGCAUGCCCGGAUGAUGGACGAGAAUGAAAACACGGCGAAGGCUCUGGAGAUGAUGUCUGCAUUGAUACCCCCGAUUUACUUUGGAGCGCCUGAGCUACUUGUUCCUCUUAUCCUCACUAUGGUUCGCAUCAGUGUGGACAACGGAAAUACGGCGAGCAGCUGUUAUGGCUACAUUCUCUACGGUCUACUCCUGUGUGGUGUCUACCAGGAGAUGACCAAAGGCUAUGUUUGGGGAUGUGUCGGAAAGAACCUUGUAUCUGACCACUGGGAGAACGAUCCCAUCAAGUGCCAGGUUUACAAAGUGUUCGCCUCGCACAUUCAACCUUGGACCGAGCCGGUACGGGAAUGCAUGCAGAGUUACAAAAUCGCAUGGAACCAUGGUUUGGCCACGUGCAACUUCGAAUACAUGGGAUACGCCGCGACCGAGGAUAUGAUGUACUCUGUCCUGUCUGGAGAGAAUCUGAGCGAAAUCGACGAAAAGAGCACGCAGCAGGCCAAUAAGGUCUAUGAACAAAAGCAGGCCAUUGGAUCGGCCUACAUCCGCAUCACCCACCAGCUUGUCAAGACUUUGAUUGGGAAUCCCGAGGCUGAGCCAAAGGACACAACGAUGUUGGUCGGGGAGGUCUUUGAUGAACGCACGAUGCUCACCCCAGAGGUUCAAAAGAUGCAGCUGUGUAUUUUUGCGUAUCACUGCUACAAGCUUAUCCUGGCCUACGUCUUUCGCGAGUACGAUCAAGCGGUGGAGCAAGCAGCCCUCGCUGAAAGCGUCGUGGCUGGCGGUGUUGGUCUCCUUCUCGUCGCGGAACUCAGCUUUUAUCAGUCACUAGCCCUGCUGGCUGUCGCUGACAUCGACAGUCCAUCCUGGCCGGCCGCGGAGGAGACAGUGAUCCGGAAUCAGAAGCAGAUGCAGGUGUAUGCGGACAGUGCGCCUGGAAACUUCCUGCACAAGUACAAGCUUGUACAAGCGGAGUACGAGCGGGUUGCGGGCAAUAAGUAUGUCGCUAUGGAGUUGUACGAUGAAGCUAUCGCCAUGGCGCGCACGAACCGGUUCACGCACGAAGAAGCACUGGCUAGCGAGCUCGCGGCUGAGUAUUACGCGGCAGCAGGGAAAAUGAACGUCGCCGGGGCGUACGCCGCGGACGCGUUUUACGCGUAUGUGCUCUGGGGCAGCAAAGCGAAAACCGCGCAGUUGCAGAGUAUGGGUGGCAUGUGGAGCUGGCUUAGUGCGGGGAGAACUUCGAAGAUCGAGGAAAAGCAUGACGAGAUUGACAUAGAAGCUUUGUUGAAUGCAACCAGGGCUAUAUCGACGGAGAUUGUUUUCCCGCGCCUUGUCAAGCAAGUCAUCGCCAAUAUCAUCCGCAACACCGGCGCCUCGCGGGCGUUCUUGAUGCAAGUGCGCGACCAUGAUCUGGUCCUGGUGUCGUCUGGAUCUCUCGCAGUGCGCAACCCCAAUGAGGCCACUACGAACCCGAAUGCUCUUGACGAGAUGUCCGAUGCACCCAAAGCGGGCGAUCAGGCCGCGAACGGCACUCCACGUCCUUCCGUGGCAGCCGUUGAUGGACAACCUGCAUCACAAACGUCGUCAAGUAGCUACUUCUCCGGUGCCAAUGGGUCGAAGCUUGACAUCAAAGUCACCGAGUCCGCCAUCUCCAUCACCGACGCCUCAGCCGAAGUACCAGCGUGCCUUAUCAACUAUGUUUACCGGACCCAACAGGUUGCAAUGAGCACAUGUCUGCCGGACUCGUUACGGCGAGCAUGCCUCGUUGAGCCCUGUUUGAGAAUGCGAAAACCGCAGUCUUUACUUUGCACGCCCGUUCUCUUGCAGGGCAAAAUGACGGCUAUCCUCUAUCUGGAGAACGACUUGAUCGCUGGAGCCUUUACGGAAUCGCGUCUCAAGAUCUUGCAGAUUCUUGUCUCCACGGCGGCUGCAGCGCUCGAGAAUGCAUCGCUGUACAAGCGCCUCCAAGAUUAUAGCUUUAACCUGUCGAAUAUGGUUGAACAGCGCACGAAGCAGUUGCAGGAAAAGAAUGCAAUCCUGGAGGUUGAAGUUCAGGAAAGGAUCAAAGCGCAACAGGACACGCACGAGGCGCUGGAGAUGGCAAAGGCUGCAACUUUGGCGAAGAGUAGCUUCCUGGCAAAUAUGAGUCAUGAGAUAAGAACGCCAAUGAAUGCUAUCAUCGGUAUGGCGAAUUGCUUGUUGGAAAGCGGCCUCAACACGCUGCAGGAGGAUUACGCGAACAUCAUUCACACAUCCGGAGAUGAACUGCUGAGCAUUAUCAACGAUAUCCUGGACUUCAGCAAAAUCGAGAGCGGGAAGCUGGAUUUGGAAGAAGUUCCAUUUUCUCUUCGCACCUGUAUAGAAGGUGCCUUAGACCUACUUGUGCCCAAAGCAGCGGAGAGGAAUUUGGAGCUCCUCUAUGUCAAUAACGACGAACCUGGUACCUUUGUUGGAGAUCCCACUCGUUUGAGGCAGAUCCUCGUCAAUCUGCUGUCCAACGCCGUCAAGUUUACAACCAAUGGCGAAGUGGUGGUAUCGGUGGAGAACAGACGGCUGGAUCAGGCGGGGGACACGCCGAUGGAAGAAGGCUUCUACGAAAUCACCUUGAAAGUAAAGGAUACUGGGAUAGGCAUCCCGGCCGAUCGCAUGCAUCGCCUGUUCCAGAGUUUUUCGCAGGUCGAUUCAAGCACAACUCGUACUCAUGGAGGUACAGGAUUGGGCUUGGUGAUCAGCAAACGACUUGCCGAAAUGAUGGGUGGAACGAUGUGGGUAGAAUCUGAGAGUGGUGUGGGAUCCACAUUCUUUUUCACCAUCCGCGUGCGAGCAGCGCCAGAUGUGGACGCCGACGCCGUUGACCAUAUGCAGAUAUUGCAGGGCAAAGGCGUGCUCGUCGUGGACGAUAACCGAACCAAUCGCCGGAUUUUGGAGCAAUUCUGUUCCAGCUGGGGUAUGCGUGUCAAAUGCGUGGGUAGCGGAGAGGAAGCUCUCAAGGCGUUGGAGACGGACUCCGGAUUCGAUUUGGCUUUACUGGAUAUGAUCAUGCCCAAUAUGGACGGAUACACCCUCGCCACUCGCAUACGUCACCUGAGUCAGAAGCCGAAGACCAUGCCCUUGGUGCUCUUGACCUCUAUGGGCUGCCGUUUCGGAGAAGAGGAAAAGCAAAUAGCGCAAUUCUCCGCGAUGAUGAUCAAGCCCAUCAAAAAGCUUCGCCUAAAACAGCAACUGGUCGAAAUGUUCCUGCGAUUGGAACGGAUGUCACUGUCGCCAGUAAAAACUCACCCAUCCACUCCGUUGACCCCUUUGAAGUCUCCGAGCGUUCAAGAGCUCGUCGAUGAAGAAACAAUCGGGGUCAAUGGCAAUUCGUCACCCACACCCGACGUGAAGCCCCGACAUCCAGAUACACUGGAUCAUCAACGGAAACAGGGAUCGUUCUUGAUAUUUGGGCCCAGCACCAUCGAAGAGACACCUAAGGCUAGCCCGAAGAUCACCAAACGCCGGUUACAAAGCGGAAAGCGUGGGUCUUCCACCGAAGACUUAGAAUUGCUGCAGCGGGCGAAAAUCCUUCUAGCCGAAGACAACCCUAUUAACCAGAAGGUCGCCGUUCACAUGCUAAAGCGCGUGGGCAUCACGAUGGACAUUGUGGAAAACGGAAAGCUAGCCCUUGAGGCCGUUAUGAAAUCACAUUAUGAUUUGGUUCUCAUGGAUCACAUGAUGCCCGUCAUGGACGGCCUCACAAGCACUCGGCUCAUUCGGUCGAGUUUGCCGCCUGAUCAACAACCUCGCAUCAUCUCAUUGACCGCCAAUGCGAUGAUGGGCGAUCGCGAGGCGUCUCUGGCCGCUGGUAGCGAUGAGUACUGCAGCAAGCCCAUCAAGUUGGAUGCGCUGCUCGACGCAAUGCUGCGGUGUCUUGACCCGGACGACGCUGCUAACUCGUCACCGGACAUGAAACCCAUCAGAGAGGAGCCUGCAAGAGCUCGCUCGCAGAACCAUUCGCGGCGCCCAUCUGCCAGUGCGCUUCCCCCUCUACCGCAGCGGUCGAAGACCGACGGAUGA